AUGCAUGACGCGCGCGCCUUUUUUCCCGAUAAGCCAGGCCUGCAGGUGAUGGUUAUAUCACAUGGGUGCAGUGGAGAGGGUGGUGCUCUGCAGGCUGUAUACUCUAUAAAAACCUGUUUGCUGGACGCCAGAGCAGUCAGACACACUAACACAUACACACCACACACACACACACACACACACACUCCUGUGUGUGCGUUACAGCUGCUUACCUAACGCACAUCUCUCCGGAGCGCGUGCCACGUGAGACGCGCACGGUUUUACCGGGAAUAUGCGGUGCAUCUGCUGGAAAAUGUGGUUUCCUGGAUGUCAGUCAACUAAACUGGGAUAAUUUGACCAGCUUUUGUUCAUCGGACACGUUUUUUUUUUCUUUCUUUUUCCUUUUUUUGAAGUAAAACCCCUGGGGAUGGCCAAGACGUCGCUUCUGGAUUUGGGCGUUUUGAUUUUAAUCGGAUUAACAGCCGCACGUGCAAACGGCAUUUCACUGCACCGGGUUGUCGCGCGCGAGGAAAGUGCACUUGAGCCUGAGCGAGCGAGCAUGAGCGCGAGGACGCCACCGGCACCGGCACCGGCACAUACGGAACGAGCGCGCGGAUCCGCCGACGGCCACGACGACGUCACAGGAACGUCGCGCGACUCUCAUCCGCGGAACAGAGCCAAACGGUGCACGUGCUACACGUACAAAGACAAAGAGUGUGUUUAUUAUUGCCACCUGGACGUCAUCUGGGUGAACACGCCCGAGCGCAUGGUGCCGUACGGCAUGUCGAGUUACAGAGGUUCUCAGCGUGUACGGCGCUCUGCAGCAGACGGGAGAAUGACACAACGAUGUGUGUGCACUCUGCAAAGUGACUCUCAUUGCAACAGCUUCUGUGGCAAAAGGGGGCGGUUACCAUGACCAUCUGUUGCUGGAGAGCUAAGCCAUGCUGGAAACGUCCUGCCCAUGCAUUCUUCUGUCCUAACACCUGGACAUAUCUUAAAGAAAAGAAGCUUAUCUGUCUGAAGAGUAGGAGGAAUUCCAUUAUCCAGGGGAGAGACAUUACAGGAAAGAAGAAGAACACAAUGGAGGGUUUGUGGAAUGCUUAUGCAACCAACGAGCCUGUAGAAUAAGUUGGAGUCUGAUUCAAAGAGAGGAUAUUUAACCCAACAACUGGCUUCAUGCUAACUCAUCAUGUUACAGCUCGUCUUCUGCAACACUCAAGGCUGUCUCUUUAUACUGACUAUCGGCUCCGCUUCGUCACCUUUAAUUAAAGAUAUGCAGAGCCAAGGAUUAAGACUGACUUGCUAUAAUAAUCUGAUUUCCGAAUCACAGGUUGGGCAAAAUCACCAAUCAGCGUUGUACACUGUAGAUACUAAGAUGACACUGAGCUGUUUUCUCAUAUUCCAGCCUACAAUACCAUGUGGUAAUGCUUCUGAUUAGAUGGCACUUAUAUAUGGACUCGCUAACGGAGAACCAAAACUGAGGACUGUACAUAAAGCAAGAGGUUUUCAGCUGUUAAUACACCAAUGAUUAACAUGAUCUAUGUUUUAUAAUAUAAACUUAUACAAUAGUUUUACUUGUGUAACUUUGGGCAUUGCAUCACAUCACUUUAUUUUGCCAUAUCGUGUGAUAUAAUCCAACUGAUUCCCCUUUUAUCACUAUUGAUGAUUAUUGUUAAAAAAAAAAAAAAAAAAAGACA